AUGAACGGCGAGGAGCAGUACUAUGCAGCCGCGCAGCUUUACAGAGACCCGUGUGCGUUCCAGAGGGGCCCCGUGCCAGAGUUCAGUGCCAGCCCCCCCGCAUGUUUGUAUAUGGGCCGCCAACCGCCGCCACCGCCGCCGCCGCCGCCCCCGUUCCCUGGUGCCCUGGGAGCGCUGGAACAGGGGAGUCCCACCGACAUCUCCCCAUACGAGAUGCCCGCCCUCCCCGACGACCCCGCAGUGGCUGUGUCGAACCUACACCACCACCUCCCUGCUCAGCUCGCGCUCUCCCACCCACCUGCUGGACCGUUCACGGAUGGAACAGAGCCAGGGCCCCUGGAAGAGCCCAGCCGCAUUCAGCUACCAUUCCCGUGGAUGAAGUCCACCAAAGCUCACGCGUGGAAAGGCCAGUGGGCAGGCAGCAGCGCCUAUGCGGCCGAGCCGGAGGAGAACAAGCGCACGAGGACCGCCUACACACGCGCGCAGCUGCUGGAGCUGGAGAAGGAGUUCCUGUUCAACAAGUACAUCUCGCGGCCGCGCCGCGUGGAGCUGGCGGUGAUGCUGAACUUGACCGAGAGGCACAUCAAGAUCUGGUUCCAAAAUCGCCGCAUGAAGUGGAAAAAGGAGGAAGACAAGAAGCGCGGUGGCAGCGGCGGGCUCACGACUGCGGAUGGCGGAGGCGCGGAACCCGAACAGGACUGCUCUGUGACCUCAGGCGAAGAAGAGAGGCUGGCGCUGCCCUUGCCACCACCUCCCGGGGGUGCGGUGCCACCCGCAGUUCCCGCUGCCGCCCGCGAGGGUCGCCUGCCUCCUGGCCUCAGCGCGUCGCCUCAGCCCUCCAGCGUUGCGCCCCGGCGCCCGCCGGAGCCUCGGUGA